AUGUCCAGAUCAGAUAUUCUGGCACCCUAUCGGUGUGUCGGGCGCGUAUUUGGCACAGUUCCGGCUGCGUACCAGCCAGUGGACAAGAGUGGAAAUCUCGGAUUCUUGACGGUCCCAGUGAACAAUUGUGUGUUGAACUACUCGAUUCGGCCGUUUCGACUUGUUUGGAGCUCAGAUCACUUUGAGUCGGAGGUUCUUCUUCUUUCCCGGUAUGUUUUUCCAAUAUUAUUCUUGUUAUUUAGGUGUUGUUCAUUGGCGAAGUUAGAAAGCCUACUUUUUGCUAUAAAAUUCUGAUGAUUUGAUUGCAGAAGCAAGAAAAAGAUAUUUGCCGCCUUGUCGGAUCGUAUUGAGGUCAUGCACCACACUGGAUCAUGGGUGAAGACCAUUCUGAAAGGGAAGACAGCCAAGUUUAUGUUGAACAUGGGAGAUGUUCUCAUUGUUCUUGAUGACACUGGAAAAUUGUUGGUUGUGGACUGGAGAGGCGAUCAAAUUCUUGUCGAGUUCGAUGCAACCUCUGGAGGAUUCGAACCGACUUUUAUGAUCCAUCCGGACACCUACUUCAACAAGGUGAAUACUCAUUUUUUAAAGUCUUUAUUCUGAGUUUAGAUUUUGCUAGCAGGGAAGGAUGGAAGGUCUCGACUGAUUAACAUCAAUACAGCCAAAUUGAUUCACGAAUUCCCCAAUGACGGUCAGUUUAAUUGCAAGAUCACUUAUGUUGAACAAAGCCCGGCAAAAGACGUCGUUGCUUUCGGACUGGCCAACGGAUUCAUACAUUUGAGGCAUCUGAAGACAGGAAAAACCCUACUGAGCUUCAAGCAAGAUGGUGCUGUCACUGGAUUGGCGUUUAGGUACGUUGUUUUAACUUUGAAGUUAUACUUGGCAUUUAGGUUUCAUAAGAAUCAAAAAAUCGAUGUAAAAACUUUAUUUGUUUGCAUCAACUUUUUGUAAUGGCUCUCUAAGGGGUUUUUUACGUUAGCACAAGCAUUUUAAACUAUGUUAUCGCUUUCUAAUUGACAUUACUUUAGAUCCGAUGGAUAUGAAACCCUAACUUCGAGCAAUGCUGAUGGCACUAUAGCUCUAUGGGAUUUAAAAGAGCAAAAACUGGUGGGCCAAAAGAUCAGAGCACACGAUAACAAGAUCAACACUAUGGUUUACAUCCUCGGAUCUCCGUUUUUGUUGACCGGAGGCAUUGAUAACAAGAUUGUGAUUUGGUUCUCUGAAACUGAACAGAGUCUGCCAAUUCCGAGGAAGAUUGUUGAAGGGCAUUCGGCACCGGUAAGGGUUUGUUGAGUUUUUUUGAGUGGGCCAUUUGUAUUUUACCCGGGGUGACAUUUUAUACGAUCAAAUUUUUUUUGUUUUUUUGUCGUUGAACUUGUCGUCUCUAAAGUUUUUAUACAAAGAAAUGUUUUUUUUUCAGUUGAUUUAGGGCACAUAGCACCUAUUUACCUCCAUUUUCUGAAUCGUCGACAUUUUAUACGAGCAAAAAAUUUUUUUUGCGAUUUUGUCAUUGAACUUGUCGCAUCUAAAAUUGUUAUGCAUAGAAAUCUUUUGAUCAGUAGAUUUAGAGCACAUAGCACCUAUUUAUACAGUUUUUCUUCUUUGUGGACAUUUUAUACGAUGAAAUAUGUACGAAAUUUUUAUUGUCUUAUAUGGCCAAAAAUGGAUGGUUAUUUCUUCCUGGAUGGAUAUUUUUUGUUCAGAUUCAACACUAUAUCUUCAGGUCACUGCCUUCCGAUUCUGCGGUCCGAAUUCCCUCAUUUCGGCUGGCUUGGAUGGAGUUGUCCGCAAGUUCAAUAUCCAUAGAACUGAUCUCAUUUCCAGGCUGGGAAUUGCCCGAGAAGUCAAACCGUAAGUCUCAAUUAUGUCUUAGACUCUAUUGUGCAUUUCCAUUUUGCCAUUUAUACCGCUCUUUUUUAGUGGCGAAGUCAGCAAGGACCGUUUCCAAGAUGUCCGACUGGAGCCGAUUACCGACCUCAAACUCGAGCUGAUGAGAGAACACUGCUUCGACAACAUCGCCUGUGCCCAUAAAGACUCAAUCCUGGUGUCUUCGUGGUCAUCUCGUCGAAAUACCAAGGGCUCUCAUCUGUUCCAUCACGAGAGAUUUUCGAAAGACGCGAGAUUUUUUGGAGCCAAAGUCACUUCGAUGGAUAUCUCAAAUGACGGCAAUUUGAUUAUAAUUGGGUACUCCACCGGACAUGUGGAUUGUUUCAGCAUGCAAAGCGGGAAAUUCAAAUUUACAUUGGUCGAUAAGAGCUUGAGGAAAGAGGGCGAGAAAAAGAGGGAGAAUCCGCGAAGGUAAGGAGAUUUUUUACAUUUUUUUGGGUGAUAAAGGGGAUAAAAAGAAGGCUGAAUGGUUUUAAAAAUAGUAAAAAAGUCUUAUUUCUCAAUUUUGUUCUGAUUGCUGACAAAAAAAUAAAAGUUUCAAGUGGGAUUCGAACUUGCCGAAAAUUACGACACUGAUUCACAACCACUCGGCUAUCGGAACACAAAACUCGUUUGUUCCAAAAUCAUAAAGGAUGCUUUUUAGUCAUGAGGGCCCAGUACAAUCAGUCCAUUUCCAACUGAAUUCGGUCGAUAUGAUAACGAUUGGUGCGGACGGGAAAGUGAAAUGGUGGACCAUCGAACAACUCAAACCGAAAUUGACGAAACUGAAUAAGUUCCCAGUGGAAGAGGUCCCACAAACAGCUCAAUUGGACAGAGAAUCGCAGCUUCUGGCCAUCGGAAUGAGCAAUGGGACUUUGAGGAUUCUGGACGCAAGGCUCGGGCAAACAGCUCGCGUUUUCCCGAAAUUCUUGGGAGAAAAUGUGAAUUUCAACGUUCUGGAGUUUUCACCGGACUCUUUUUAUCUCCUCAUUGGAUCAUCAGAAGCGGUUAUUAGGGUUAGUUGUGUUUUUUGACAGCUUUGGUGAGCGAGGGAAACACUUGACCCAUGUUGUACACCUUGGGUCAAGUGUUCUCCUCGCUUAGUUCUGUCUCUAUUAGAUCGUAAAAUGAGUGUAAAUCGAAUUUUAGGUGAUCCAUCUACAAGCUGCCCUAUGCCUGGGCGCAGUUCGCUGCUCCGCGCCAGUCGUGAAGGCCCAGUUUAGCGAGGACGGGCGGUUUGUGACUACCUGCAACGAAGGCCAACGAGAAUUGUUCGUAUGGACAAAUAGACUGCUUCUCACAGGAUUUUCUGGAAAGAAGUCAGCGAAUGUCGAGGAAAUCCCGAUCAAAAAUUUGAAGGAUUUCGGCGCGGUUAGAGUGAGCUAUGAGGAUCAAGCCCUCUUCGAUUUGGACUCGGAUGAUGAGGAGAAUGAGGCGCAGGAGAAUAGCGAUAUCGUUCAGACUCUCGUGAUCGACGGAGAUGAGAGCGAUGAGGAGGAAGAGGUCGAGAAAAUGGAUGUUCAAAUGAAACAGGUGGUAGAGGUAGGAUAAGAAUAAGGUCAAAAAAUAAUUUUGGUGGGGUAAAAGGUGUUGUGAUUAAUUGUGGACAGCAAAAAUCUUUAUGAGCUGUAUACGGUUACGGACCUAAUCCAAUUCGCUCUGAACGCCUUUUUGCAACAUCAGUUCAAAUCGUGAAAAAUCGUGAACUGAUUAUUGCAAAAUCAGUUCACGGGGUGAACUGAUGUUGCAAAAAGGCGUUCACGAUUUGAACUGAUGUUGCAAAAUGGCGUUCAGAGCGAAUUCUGAACGCCUUUUUGCAACAUUUUUUUGCAAAGCCGACGAAACUUAUAAAGCGAGCCCUAUAUACAAAAUCAUCGACGUCUAAAAAAUCCCAAACCCAAAUCUCGGCGAGCUUCGCCUUUACUCAGCUUUAAAUGUUCUUCAAUUCACAAAAAUUGACGACCAAUGUCUUACUAUGGCGGACGACCUGAUCCAGUGGCAAAAAACGUAUCAUUUUGCAUCCGGGAAGUAUCAAAAAGUCUAGCAAAAUAGCUCCCUUUCCAAGUGAAAAAACUUCGUUUUGAAGGGCCCCUCACAAAAAGAGCAGGCGCGCUUUUGGAAUCGGAGUUUUUUCACCUGGAGAAGGAGGUACUUUGCUACAUUUUUUUGACACUUCCCGGAUGCAAAAUGGUACGUUUUUUGCCACUGGAUCAAGUCCGCCAGUAUAAGACAUUGGUCUUCAAUUUUUGUGAAUUGAAGGACGUUUAAAACUGAGAAAGGGUGCAGAUCGCCGAGAUUUGGGUUUGGGAUUUUUUAGAGGUCGAUGACUUUGUAUAUGACAUAGGUUUAUGGGUCUAUCUGGAAGUCAUAUUGUUCAUGAUGACAUUAUUUAUAUCGUAGUUUUAGCAAAUUACACUACGCUAUAAUUUUAUGUAAAUAUUUUCAGCUGCUUGGAUCUGACCUCCUCUCGAUCUCUGGCCAACCCUCACAUCGCUGGUCCACGCUCCCACACAUUGAAAAGAUUAAACAAAGAAAUACCAUCAAGGAGGUUGUGAAAAAACCAAUUGAUGUCCCAUUUUUCCUCGAAUCCACACCAAAUGAAGCCGAAAUUGUUGCCGAUGCUGGGGAUCAGCGUCGCUUUAAGGCCGCGCAAAGAUCGGAUGUGGACUUGCUGACGGACUGGGCACAGACAUUGAUUCAGGCCGCAAAUGAAGCGGCGUUGAGACAGGUCUUUAGCGAUUUAACGCAAAAGGCCACCAGUAUCAUCGACUUUGAAAUUAGAGCGCUUCCGGCAAAUUUAUUGCCGAAGUUCAUCGAUAUGAUACUGAUAAAGUUGGAGCAGAAGCAAGAUGCCGACUUUGUACAGGUACGCCGGAGUUUAAGCGGUUUUUUGAGGGCUUAAGGGACGAGGUUGACACACUGGAUGAGUUUAGUAUUAUCCACAGGGCUUAUAAAUCCUCUAAAUAUCGGUUUUUAAUUGGUUUUUGAGCGUUUCGGGUUAAGUACAGCCGUUUUUUGUUACUAUAGAUAUUUAAUAAACAAUUUACUGCAAAAGCGUUUAAAAGAGCUAAGAUUUUGCCAUUUUGAAAGUGUUUCUGUAACCAGUAAUCACUUUAGGCUAUCCUCAAUACCUUCCUCAUGGCUCACAACGAAAAAAUUUGCGAUGACGCGGAGAAAGAACAAAAAGACGAUGAUGAGGAUGGAGAAGAUGGAGAUGUCGCCGUAACGGCCUCGGAUCUAACCUCAAAACUCCGGAAGCUACUACAAAAGGAAGCUGAAGAAACGGAACCCUUUGAGAACUUGUACGAUGAAACCGCCGCCGUCCUAAAGUGGAUCAGAUCCGCCGUUCUCUAG